AUGAGCAGCUCUAUUGUCCGUCGACAAAAAUUUCGGAAGCCAACGAUUCAACCAAUAGAUCGACAUUUGACGGAAAUCGAAGAUUCCGAUGGUUCGAUUUAUGUUAAUGCCGGUAUUGAUUCAACUUGUUGUAAAAAACUUGGAAGAAUAAUACAUACGCUUAUUAAUGGUAUCGUGGUUUCACCUAUUCAAACUCGCAUAGGAAUAAAACUGGUGAUCGAUGAAUCUAUAGAUGAUUUUUCAUUGGAGCUAGGUAAUGAUAAUGCAAACGAUUAUCAACUUGAUGCGAUACCUACUAAAUCAUGUCCUCAUUGUGGGAAAUGA